GUGCAAAUCGGUGCCAGUGUGUGCAAUUUUCGUUGCGGCUUCCACUCGGUGUGUUUGUGCAAAAUGUCCUUCGCCCUGCAAGGAUAAAAAGCGAGCCCUUACCUUCGUCUGCCCCGGCAACCUGAACUUUUCAUAAUGUUUCGCGCACUGUACGUUCGUAAAAUUCGCCGGAAAGUCGUUCCGCAGCAUCAAGACUAGAGUGUAGCAGCAGCAGCAGCAGCAGCGGCAGUUCCAGCGUCUUGGUCGUGUGAUUCAAUCUCUGCUACGGCGAUCUGUUGUGCUCCACACACAAGCACACGCAAUACGCACACUUCACCGGCGGUCACCGGGCAAGAUCUGUUUUUCACCGUGACGUACAAAAAAGCAGCUAUACUACGUGCCCUUCAGGAGGCUACUGGUGUUUACAAAGGUUGCUGCGUUCGGCAGUGGAGCGAAGGUUCCCCGCGCACAGCCGCGGAACGCGGAAAGUGAAGAACGGCGGCAAACAAGGAUCCGGGCCCGAAGAUGAGUGAUAUACGCGACUGGAGACCGUUCGUGUACGGCGGCAUGGCAUCGAUAAUGGCCGAAUUUGGAACGUUUCCCAUCGACACAACUAAAACUCGUUUACAAAUUCAAGGCCAAAAGACUGAUCGAUCACACAGCGAGAUGCGGUACCGCGGUAUGACGGAUGCGUUCGUGAAAAUUUCCCGCCAAGAAGGUGUGAAAGCGCUUUACUCCGGCAUAUGGCCCGCAGUACUACGGCAGGCAACAUACGGCACCAUCAAGUUCGGUACGUACUACACACUCAAGAAGGUAGCGACCGAUCGGGGCCUGCUGCACGAUAAAGCAGGCAACGAAAAUCUCUGGUGCAAUGCCGCCUGCGCCACGAUGGCCGGUGCCAUUUCGAGUGCGAUAGCGAAUCCGACGGACGUACUGAAGGUGCGGAUGCAGGUGCACGGUCGAGGUACCAGCGAUGUGGGCCUAUUGCGAUGCUUCCGCGAAAUUUACGUGCACGAAGGGGUGCGGGGCCUGUGGCGGGGCGUAGGUCCAACGGCACAGCGGGCCGCGGUGAUCGCGGCCGUCGAGCUACCAGUGUACGACUUCUGCAAGCUACAUCUGAUGGAAACGUUCGGUGAUCAGGUUGCAAAUCAUUUCAUAUCUAGUUUUAUAGCGAGCUUAGGAAGUGCGAUUGCUUCAACUCCAAUCGAUGUGAUAAGGACUCGUCUCAUGAAUCAACGGCGGGUGCACCAGCUUCAGCAUAGCAUGUCUCCGGCGGCAACCACUGCCGCCACCACUACCGCCACCACCACUGCAGCCGCAGCAAGCGCCGCACCACGGCUCUACUACACCGGCAGUCUGGACUGUGCGGUACAGACGGUGCGAAACGAAGGCUUCCGGGCGCUGUACAAAGGUUUCAUCCCGACCUGGGUGCGUAUGGGCCCGUGGAACAUUAUCUUCUUCAUCACCUACGAACAGCUGAAACAGUUCUACUGAAACGAACGCCAAAGAGACCUUCAGUUCCGGUUCGCCAGCCUGCUGGUGGGAGGAUGAAGAUAGGCGAUACACCUUAUUACGACGCUUUCUUGCUUUUCGUCCCAGAACCAAAGUAUAACUACACUUAUUGCAUUUUCUAUCGGAAGGACAAUGGAAGGCCAGCGCGGUAUGCAUUUUGGGGGGGUACUGUCUCUCGGUAACGAAAACGAAAUGUUAAAUGUUAGGUGAACGCACGUGUGAAACACAUGCAUUUUUGGCGAUAGUGGCUCAAGUUUUGGGAGACAAGCCUUAAGCAGAAGUUACACUUCCACUCCCUUCUUUUCCCAUCGGAACGCGAAUCUUUUGAAUGGCUGAUGUAAAGAGAGAUGAGCAUUUAUCCUGUCAGUAAAAAAAACCCACCCCACCCCUCCCCUCCUGCUGCUGCAUGUGUUAUCGCUGUUUGUAACGUGUGGUACGUUGUUUGCAUUUGUUGUAACAGAACAGAGGGAACAGUGUUUAGUUCGGAGACUCGAUUCGGUUACCGUAACGUUAUAGUGCGCGCGCGCGCGCUGCAACAAAUUGUUGUUCAUGAAAUAAAUGAAGAUUAACCGAUAAGGGGUUUUUCACAAA